AUGAGCACUUUUAAAACACACCGUGAUUAUCAAGUGUGUGUUCAAUGUACACUUAUUGCUUUAUUGAAUGAACAAUACUCGUUUCUUAUUCAACGCCCAGUUAAAAAAGGUAAUCUUUCUCUACAAUUAAUUAAUAUCAGAAGAAUAGAACUUAACAAAGACUGGAUUGAUGUUGAAGCCUUUGUAAAUAAAAGAUGCCAAGAUCGAAUUACUUUUGAUAUUUCAAUAGGAAUUCCUUCAGAAACAGCAAAACAAAGAGUUUCUAAGAAUAAAAUCUUUGAGCAAAUACAUUUACUCAUAGAUCUAUCCUUUGUUAUGGGAUAUUCAUUUCGUUCUUCAUUCACCAAUGGAAAUAACCAUUCAAUGAUAUAUGAAACUGUAGUAGAAAUAUAUCACAACAAUAUACUUAUACUUUCAACUCAAGAAAUUGAGUCAGUUGGAAAUAAAAUAAAUGCUUUAAUCUAUGAUCGUUUGAGUAAACAACAUUCAAUAACUCUAGAACAAAAAGACACACAAAUAAUUUCUUUAUUACAGACUCAAUUUAAUCGUUUCUGA